AUGCCUAUCCGUCUAGUGAUUCUACACAUGCGAGAUGCUGCGGAUCAGCACUGCGGAGAAGUUGGGGCUAGAUAUCUGCAAAUCAUGAGAGCUAAUGUCGCCCCAACUCAACGUAUCCAUCUCCACUGUUUCACCGGAACUGUGGAGCAAGUGGUGAGCUGGCUGGAGACCUUUCCGAAGUGCUACUUCGGAGUAACGGGUAUGGUGAAGGAGUUUGAUAACUUCCAGAAAGCGGCACUUAGGAGAAUUCCGAAGGGCCAUCUGCUCCUUGAAACCGAUGCUCCCUAUUUUAGAGCCAGGCAGGCAAGUGCGAGCGCCCCAGCAUUCAUCGGAGAGGUGGCACUGGAAGUCAGCCGAAUAAGGGGGGAGACGGUGGAAGAAGUCCUGGAUUUCACAUCAGCCAACACCCGCACCUUGUACCAGAUGUAA